GCGUCGCUGUCGCCCCAGCCACCGGGUUUGUCGGCGCCCACGUCGCUGGGGCCGUCGCCCAAACAGUCGCCAAGGCCCUCGAUUGAAGGCUCACCCAAGGAGUCGCCGCCGCCGGCCGAGCAAAACGGUCCACCUUCGCCGGGGGGAGCGUCUACCACUCAGUCGACGACCUCGGCACUGGCCACGCUGCAGGACCCUGCCACCGCUGCAUCCGAACCUAAGCAGCGAACGAUAUGUGCCCCAACCGGCGGAGGGCCGAGCAGCCUGGCGGUGGCCGCGGCGGCAGCGUCAGGCCCGUCUCCUCGCACUUCGCGACGCCGACGGGCUCCGUCGCGGCUCUCCACAGAACUGCCGGCAGGAGUGACGCUGGGCCGACGCAGGGCGGUCACCACCACGGACCACAAGACCUGCGCACUGCUGCAUACCAGGCUCAAGGGGAUUCGUCUCGAGGACAUUGCGUGAGUGGAACGUGUGUUGUUACUCCGUCGUAUUCCCGCCCAACGGCCAUGCUGCAUACGAAAGUACUCUCCCUUUGACCGGUUCCUUAUUUAACAGCCUGCUUCUGUGGAUUCCUUGUGAGAUUUAUGCUAAGCUUGUGGAUCUGCUACUGUCGGAAGUUAUAGCCGCUAGUCAUUAGCAUAAAAGCAUGUUUUACUUCUAUCAAAACAGAUAAUGGUAGAUCACCGCUACUCGGAUUACACUGUUCAGUGAAGCGCACGCGUGAAAAAAAGUACGUCAUACAUUAGUGUUCUGCGGGCUCGAAAUCACUACUCAUUAAGUUUGUACUGAUUGAAAAUGUCCAAAUACAAUACUAAAAAUGUGGC